AUGCCGCAAGCGGUGAUCGAUAUGACGGAACUUAANCUACUAGAGAUAUUUAUAGAAGAAUUUUUUGAUCAGAACCCAAUCAGCCAAUUAGGAAUUUUAAUAAUGCAAAAUAAGAGGUCAGAAAAGAUAAGUGACUUGGCAGGUAAUCACCAUAAACAUUUAAAAGCUGUAAGAAGUUUAAGUCAUACUUCUUUGAUUGGGGAACCUUCGCUUCAGAAUGGUUUAGAUAUGGCAUUCAAAAUGUUAAAACUCUUACCAAGUCAUGCUAGCAGAGAAAUUUUGGUAAUAAUGGGUGGUUUAACAACUUGUGAUCCUGGUGAUAUUACUGUUACAAUUGAUGCCCUGAAAUCAGAAGGAGUUAGAUGCUCUGUGAUUGGUUUAGCUGCUGAAGUGCAUGUAUGCCGUAGUUUAUCAAAUCAAACAGGUGGUGUCUAUAAUGUUAUAUUAGAUGACUGUCACUAUAAAGAUCUUUUGUUACAACAUGUUGAGCCACCACCUGCUGCCACUUGUCUGGAAUCUAGUCUUAUUAAGAUGGGAUUUCCCCAUCAAAUGGUUAUAGAAGGGGUGGAAGAACCACUAACAAUGUGCAUGUGUCAUGUUGAUAGUGUUGAUGAGGGCAGUAAGUUAUCUACAGGUGGUUAUUAUUGUCCUCAGUGUUGCAGUAAAUAUUGUGAACUACCUGUUGAAUGUAAAGCGUGUGGAUUAACGUUGGUUUCUGCCCCCCAUUUGGCGAGAUCAUAUCAUCACCUGUUUCCAGCAGCAAAUUUUAGUGAGAUCAAUUAUGAGAAGCAAGUUACAUCUUGUUUUGGUUGCCAGAAACAAUUCACUGAUAUAGAAAAGCAUAUUUAUUUGUGCCCAAGUUGUAGUAAAUUUUUCUGUCUAGAUUGUGAUAUAUUUAUACAUGAUACCUUACACACGUGCCCUGGGUGUGCCACAAAUCCUACUGUAUUUCAAAAACUUCAUAGCACUAAUACUUAGGAAAACUUAUCUACAUUUAUAUGUCCCAUUUUUCCAUUUUUUUAUUUAUUUAUUUGAAGUUCAUAAAUAAUGUGGAAUAUUUUUAUUGAUAGUGUAUUUGUUACAAAAAAAACAAGGC